GACUUGGGGGACGCUUGAGCUCGGGCAGACCGGAGUUCGAGACCAAGAUCAUGCUGCGACGCCAGGUGCGCGAGCGCCGCGAGUUCCUGUACCGCAAGUCGGUCGAGGACAAGGACAAGGCCAUUCACGAGAAGAAGCAGCGUCUCAAAGCAGCUCUUGACGCUGGCAAGUCCAUCCCGUCAGACCUGCGCGGCGAAGCAGCAGAGUUGCAAAAGAAGCUCGACUACGAUGACCAGAACACCAAUUCCUACAAGGAUGUUCGCGAUGACGAGUACCGCUGGGCCGGUUCCAAGGAUCCCAAGGUCAUGUUGACAACGUCUCGUGACCCCAGCAGCCGCCUUAAGCAAUUCGCCAAGGAGCUCAAGUUGAUCUUUCCCAACUCUCAACGGCUCAAUCGUGGUGGUCAUGUCAUGUCGGAGAUGGUGGACGUGUGCCGUGCCAAUGACGUGACUGAUCUUGUCAUUGUUCACGAGCAUCGUGGCCAGCCUGACGGUUUGAUUGUGUCCCAUCUUCCUUAUGGACCUACGGCAUACUUUCAGCUGGCCAAUGUGGUGAUGCGUCACGACAUUCCAAACGCAGGCACCAUGUCCGAGGCCUUUCCGCACUUGAUCUUCCAUGGCUUUAGCACCGCCUUGGGCGAACGUGCGACCUCCAUUUUGAAAUACCUCUUUCCUGUGCCAAAGGAUGAGAGCAAGCGAGUCAUCACCUUUGCCAACGACGCCGAUUUCAUCUCCUUCCGGCAUCACGUGUACACCAAAAAGGGCAAGGAGGUUGAGCUGGCGGAGAUUGGCCCUCGUUUUGAGAUGAAGCUGUAUCAAAUCUCCCUGGGCACGGCCGAUCAGCCUGAUGCUGACAAGGAAUGGGUCUCCAAGCCGUACCUUCACACCGCCAAGAAGAAAAAAUACUUGUAACCGGGUCCUCUGCACAGUAUCAUGAGAAUGUUUUCCUUUGUCGCCUUGAAUCUUGUCCUUGGUUUGACUUUUGUGCCCU